CAGUCCGAGAUUGGCCUUUUCGCCCCCAGACAUGGACAAUUGAAGGAAUUUUAUCGUCUGUUUAUGUGGCUUAGCGUAUGAAAUCACUCGUGAAAAUUGUGCUGCAUUAAUCAGUAAGCCCACCGCUUCAUGUUUGGUUCAUUUAUUUGCGCCCUGCUGUUUCGGUGCCGCGCCCACUCGUGAGGGAGAAAUUUCUGUGUGCGUAGCACUUUCGGCCCGUCCGGCCAGCUUUCUCGUCCCAGAGCCACUCCAGGCGAGGACUUCCCGACUGAUCUGGGACACCAGGUGGAUCCCAGGACGGGGAUAGUGGCCAUGGAUAUUCUGGACAUUGACGAGAUACUCAAGGAUGAUUCAUUCUGCAAUCUCACGGCUGACCAGAAAAUGGAUGACUCCAUCACCAGCAUCCUGCAGCAGUGGAAGCAGAAUGAAGCCGCUCUGGGGACCAAAGGAGGGACCAAAUUGGUGGACACUCGCACGUUCACGCGGCCGAAGAAGCGCGGCAUGGACAGUGAUCACGAUCCACCAACGCCGGGGAUCAAUUUGCAAGUUGGUGGCCUUGUGACGAGCAUGCGGAGAAGUCUGAUUGGCGAAACAUCGCCGCCCAGCUCUUUCUGCUCAUCCGUGGACUCGAUGAACGAGGAGAUGCUGAACAGCCUGAUCAACAGCGGAGACUUCAACAAUGUAAGCUUCUUCAUGGAGAACAUGGACGAUUCGGCCAACAUCAACUUCAACGGCUACAAGCUGGAGGAUGUGAUCAGAGACAGGCAAUUCCUGGACACACUGACACUCAGUGAAGAUCAGACGUUCUCCAAGGACGCCAGCAUUGCGCGCACGGACGAUCUUGGGCUGUCGAAUGACUCGUCGGACAGCAAUCCAUUGAUCAACAUCACAAUGAAGCUGAAUCCGCAGUUUGAGGGCACAUUUGUGGCUGGCGAAGGGAAGAACACGACUUUCGACGUUUCUAAUGAAAUUCUUGGCGCUCAGGCGAUUGCAAGUGAGACAUUUAACUUGAUGGGCGACACCACGAUUGAGAAUCCUGUGAAUAACGUGACGUUCGACUGUGAAGCACAGAAGAAUGGCACAUUUGUGAAGAAUAACUUGAAUGACGAGACGUUCAUUGAGAAGAAAGUGGAUCAACCGGAGAAGAAAACAACGCCAGAUUCCGCAGAAUGGCUUUAUCAAUCCACGCCGCUGAAGAACUCCAGAUCAAAAGAGAAUCACAGAAAGAUCAAUUUGUCGCCGAUAAAGUGUGGCUUGAACACCAGCAAAGAGGGGAAUUUCGAGAAGUAUCUUCAGGAGGCGACAAAUCAGGCUUUCACGCCGGACAGAAUGUUGGAAAAGGCGCCUUUUGAGGACAGUCCGGAGGAUGAAGUUGUGGAGUUGCGUCGUCUGCCGAUUCCCAUUAAUCUGCUGCGCGAGGAUGAGCGUCAAUCGCUGAAGAACUUCGAGGAGUACGAGAAGACACUGAUGCAAGACGCUGGCGAGCAUGAGAAGGAGUUUGAGGAUGUUCUGGGCCGAUUCGCGGCGUUGGAGAUUAGGCAGAGCAAUGAGAAGAUGCGACAGAGUCUGGACAGCAUCAAGAAGAGGCAUUCGCUGGUGAAUCUGGAGAAGCAGCAAGAGGAGGCGGCCAAGAUGGACAGCAACAAGUUGUCGGAGUCCAUGAGCAAGAGUCGACGGCUUCUCAGGCGCAGUCGAAUCUACGAUGACAUGAAUCACAGUCCGGAUGGCGAGAGGAAUCAGGAAUCGACGGUGGCGGAGGAAGUGGUGGAAAAGUCUCCGGUUAAAGGCAACAGGGACAGAUUCAAGACCAUCCGGAUCGUCAGGCCGCUGGAUCAGAACAGUCCUCAUCUCCCCGAUGCCGGCGACACGACAAUCACUGUGGAUGUGGAGCCGCAGCCGCCGGAGAAACAGCCGGAAUUCAAGAAGCCAACGGCGCCAGUGAGAAACAUCCCGAAGCUCAGGUUCUUCAAGAGCGCUCUGGCGAAGCCAAUGUCGCAGCAGAAGUUCAACUCAGCUGACGAUCUGCUGGACGCCAACGAGCAGCCGCCGCCCAGGGGCCCGCAAUCCCUCAAAAGCCCCAUGGGCGUCAAGUCCAAGUCCAUCCACAAUCUCAUGUCGGGACAGCGCAGCCUCGCGAUGGCCGGCAAUCACAGUGAUUUCAAGUCCAGCGCCGAUGGAUUGAACAAGAGUCAACCGAAUAGUAAUUUAUCCUUAGCGCCUUCCUCGAAAUUCGGGAAAUCCAAUCAAUCGCUGGGUCGACUGUCUUCCAAACAGCCCGCGUCUGAUGCCGAACGAUAUAAAAUCGAUACACGAACAAUAGUGAGGAAUAAUCAAGGCGAGAACACGAGCACAGCGAUCAUGAGGAAUAAUCCAAAGCGACUGGGAUUGGUCAGACCGUCGUCCGGAUACUACAGCUACUCGGUCAGGCGGAAUGACUCGGACACGGAGUCCGGAAGAUACUCACCACAAAGUCUGUCUUCGUCGAGUGCCAGCUCGAAGGGAAGUCUCCACGUUCCGGAGGCGCAGCACAGCAAUCCGGACGCCACCUUUGACUCCCAUCAGACCUACAAUUCCCUGCAGCCGGACAAGCGUUCGGCCAGUGCGAUGUCUAAAGUGCCUCGACCGUCGGGAUUACGCAUGCCGUCGAACUUCCGGACGGGCGGCGGUGCUUCGGCGCUCCCGCGACCGUCCGGCAUUCCGAGGAGGUAAAGAAGAAAAGUAGCAGCAGCAUUCUGGAUUAUUCCCCAUGGUCAGCCGGUAGUGCCGGAUAAAAUACAUUUCUCUCGCCUUAAUCACUUAUGCGAAAUCUUUUUUUCUUUACGAUUAAGCAAAAUGGAUUCUUAUGUUUUUUGUAAUAUGUAUUUUCUAAAAGAACUGAAGAGUCUGUAGUGGAAAUAGAAACAAUUUGUUUCAUAGAUUA